CCUUGCCCUGGCCCUCUCCUGGCCCUUCCUUGGUUGUGCCCUGCCCUUCCAUGCCCUGGCCCUUCCUUGGUUGUGCCCUGCCCUUCCAUGCCCUGGCCUUGCCCUUACCCUGCAUUGUCCCUGCACUGGUCCUGCCCUGCCCUGGCACUGCCUUGGCCCCAGCCCUGCCUUCUCCCUGGCCUUGCCAUUGCCCUGCCCUGGCCUGACCCCAUGCCUACUGAGUCCAUGAAAUGGCCCUGGGCCUGCCUUGCCAUUCUCUUUCCUGGCCCUGUAUUGUCCCCACCAUGCUCUGGUCCAGCCCUUGCCCUGGCCCUGUUGCUAGUCCUGCCACUGCUAUGGCCCUGCCCUGCUUUUGGCCAUACCCUGUGCUACCCUAGCCCUGCCCUGCCUUGGCUUUGGCCCUACCGUAGCCUUCUCCUACCCUGGCCUGUCCCUACCCUGGUCUUUUCUUCCCUGGCCUUGCCCUUCCCUGGUCUUGCCCUGCCCUGGCCUUGCCCUGCCCUGGCCUUGGCUUUGCCUUGUCCUGGUCCUGGUUCUGCCCUGGCCCUGCCCUUGCUCUGGAUCCUCUCUGGUUCUGCCUUCUCCCUGGCCCUGCCCGUGCUCUGGCCCUGUCCCUGGCCCAGCCUUGGCCCUGGCCCUGGCCCUGACAAUCCCCACGCCCUGCCCUGGCCCUGCCCUGGCCCUGCCUUGGCCUUGUGCUAUCUUAGUCCUGUCCUGGCCCUGAACUCGCCCUGGCCCUACCCUCACCCUAUACUGUCCCUGCCCUACCUUGGCCUUGCGCUGCCCUGGCCCUGCCUUUGGCCUGCCCUGGCUCUGGUUCUGCCGUGGACUUGCCCUGGCCCUGGACCCUCCCUGGCCAUGUUUUUUCCAUGGUCCUUCUCUGGCCUUGCCCUUGCCCUGUCCCCUUUCUGGUCCUGCCAUGUUUCUGGCCCUGCCCUGUCCAUGUCCUGGACCUGGCUCUGGCCCUGGACCUCCCUGUCCCUGCCCUGCCAUACCCUGGGCCGUUCCUUGCUCUACACUGACCCUGCCCUGCCUUGGCCCUGUGCUACCCUAGCCCUGCCCUGGCCUUCUGCUGGCCCUGAUCCUGCCAUGUCCCUGCCCUGGCCCUGGUUCUGCCCUGGCCCUGGUUCUGCCCUGCUUCUGUCCCUGGCCUUGGUCCUGUCGUGUCCCUGGCUGUGACCCUGCCCCUGGUUUUUCUCUGGCCAUGACCCUGCCCCAGUUCUGUCAUAUCCCUGGCCCUGUCUCAGUUCUGUCCUAGCCCUGGCCUUUCACAGUACUUUAUGCUUAGUAAGGGCUCCAUAGUGUCUGUGAGUUGAAUGUUGUGUUCAUAGUAUCUGCCAAAACAGAAAGAAACAAAACAAAAUCUGAUGAUGAGAAGUUAAAGCUUUGUAUAUAAUAUGCCUUGAAUUGUAAUUAUUAGUUGUAUUAGUUAUUAGUUAUUAGCCUGUUAUUCGUUGUAUUACGUAUAGGUCAUGGUUUUGUAUGCAUAACUCCAAACCAUUGAUACUGUUAAAAGAAUAUAUGAAUAUAUGAAAGAAUGUGUAAACUUUAGUAAGAAUGUAUGAGUAUCUAAUGACCUUUCCAAAUUAAUUUUUAUUUUUAGCUCUAUUAGAUUUUUCUCAGUGUAACAAAUGUUUAUGCCUAUGUAAUUAAGGGCAUAUUUCCUGUACAGAAUAUUCAUAUUACCUAAUUGAAAAUUAUAUAACACAAAAAUAUAAUACUAUUUUUAGGCCAGGCAUGGUGGCUCAUACCUGUAAUCCCAACACUUUGAGAGGCCAAAUUUGGAGAAUCAUUUGAGGCCAGAAGUUGAAGACCAGCCUGGGCAACAUAGUGUGAGACCUUGUGUUUAUUAAAUAGAUAAAUAAAUAAAUAAAUAAAUAAACAGGUUGGGCACUGUGGCUCAUGUCUGUAAUCCCAGCAUUUUGGGAUGCCAAGGCAGGAGGAUUGCUUGAGCCCAGGAGUUUGAAACCAGCCUGGGCAGCAUAGCAAGCCUCCAUCUCUACAAAUAAUAAAAUAUUAACCAGAUGUGGUGGCACGCACCUGGGGUCCCAGCUACCUGGGAGGCUGAGGUGGGAGGUUUGCUCGAGGCUGCAGUGAACUGUGAAUGCACCACUGCAUUCCAGCCUAGGCCACAGAACAGGACCCUGUCUAUAAAUAAAGAAAGAAGUAAAAAUAUAAAUAAAAAUAAGUAAAAAGAAAUAUAAGUAAAUAUAAAUACAUAUAAAUAUAGAAAUAAAUACAUGAAAACAAUUUUUAAAUUUAACAUCACUGAGGGCAUCCUAUCCAUUUCAUUUCAUGAUUUCAUUACAUCAUUUCACUUAGAUGAAAUGAUCAGAUGACUUGAGAUGAGAUGAAAUGAUGAGAUGAAAUGACGAAAUGAUGAGAUGAGAUGAGAUGAAUUUUUGAGAUGAAAUGGUGAGUUGAAAUGAUUGGACGAAAUGACAAAAUUGAAAAGAAAUUGAAAGGAGAUGAAAUGAGAUUAAAUGAGAUGAAAUGAUGAGAUGAUGGAUGAAAUGAUGAAAUGAUGAGAUGAAAUGAAAUGAAAUAAUGAAAUGAUAUGAAAUAAUGAAAUGAAAUUGAAAUGAUGAGAUGAAAUGAGUUUAAAUGAUGAGAUGAAAUUAGAUAAAUGAUGAGAUGAAAUGAUGAAAUGAGAUGAGAUGAUGAGAUGAAAUGAUGAGAUGAAAUGAGAUGAAAAAUGAUGAAAAAUGAGAUGAAAUGAUGAGAUGAAAUGAGAUGAAAUGAAAUGAAAUAAUGAAAUGAGAUGAAAUGAAAUGAAAUAAUGAAAGAAAAUUAUGAAAUGUAAUGAUGAAAUUGAAAUGAGAUGAGAUAAGAUGAAAUGAUGAGAUGAAAUGAUGAGAUGAGAUGAAAUGAGAUGAAACUAUGAGAUGAAAUGAAAUGAUGAGAUGAAAUGAGAUGAGAUGAAAUGAAAUGAUAUGAAAUGAAAUGAGAUGAAAUGUAAUGAGAUGAAAUAAAAUGACAUAAUGAAAUGAAAUAAUGAAAUGAGAUGAAAUGAAAUAAUGAAAUGGAAAUGAAAUGGAAAUGAUGAGAUGAGACGAAAUGAUGAGAUGAAAUGAUGAAAUGAUGAGAUGAGAUGAAAUGAUGAGAUUAAAUGAGAUUAAAUGAUGAGAUGAGAUGUGAUGAAAUGAUAAGAUGAAAUGAUGACAUGAUAUGAUGACAUGAAAUCAGAUGAAAUAAUGAGAUGAAAUGACAAGAUGAAAUGAUGAGAUGAAAUGACGAGAUGAGAAGAAAUGAGAUGAGAUGAAAUGUAGUGAGAUGAAAUGACAUAAUGAAAUGAAAUAAUGAAAUGAUGAAAUGGAAUAAUGAAAUGGAAAUGAUGAGAUGAGAUGAAAUGAGUUGAAAUGAUGAGAUGAAAUGAGAUGAAAUGCUGAAAUGAUGAGAUGAAAUGAUGAGAUGAAAUGAGAUGAGAUGAGAUGUGAUGAAAUGACAUGAAAUGAUGACAUAAAAUGAUGAUGAAAUGAUGAGAUGUAAUGAUGAAAUUAGAUGAAAUGAGAUGAGAUGAAAUGAAAUGGUGAGAUAAAAUGAUGAUAUGAAAUGAUGAGAUGAAUGAUGAGAUGUAAUGAUGAAAUUAGAUGAAAUGAGAUGAGAUGAAAUGAAAUGAUGAAAUGAAAUGAGGUGAAAUGAAAUGAAAUAAUGAAAUGAAAUAAUGAAAUGAAAUUGAAAUGAGAUGAGAUGGAAUAAGAUAAAAUAAUGAGAUAAAAUGAUGAGAAGAAAUGAGAUGAAAUGAAAUGAGAUGAUGAGAUGAAAAAUGAAGAGAUGAAAAAUGAUGAGAUGAAAUGAGAUGAAAUAAAAUGAAAUAAUGAACUGAGAUGAAAUGAAAAGAAAUGAUGAAAUGCAAUGAUGAUAUUGAAAUAAAAUUGAAAGAUGAGAUGAAACGAUGAGAUGAAAUGAUGAAAUGUUGAAAUGAAAUGAUGAAAUUAAGAGAUGUGGUGAGAUGAUGAGAUGAAAUGAAAUGAGAUUAAAUGAUGAGAUGAAAAAUGAUGAGAUGAAAUGAGGAGAUGAAAUGAGAUGAGAUGAAGUAAGAUGAGAUGAGAUAAGAUGAAAUACGAGAUAUACCUAAUGCUAAAUGACGAGCUAAUGGGUGCAGCAAACCAACAUGGCACAUGGAUACAUAUGUAACAAACCUGCACAUUGUGCACAUGUACCCUGAAACCUAAAGUAUAAUAAUAAAAUUAAAUUAAAUUAAAAAAGAAAUAAUGAAAUUAGGUGAAAUAAUGAAAUGAGAUGAAAUGAAAUAAUGAAAUGAGAUGAGAUGAAAUGUUUAAAUGAAAGGAUGAAAUGAGAUGAAAUGAAUUGAGAUGAAAUGAUGAGAUGAAAAGUGAUAUGAAAAAUGAUGAGAUGAAAAAUAUGAGAUGAAAUUAAAUGAGAUGAUGUGAAAUGACACAAUGAAAUAAUGAAAUGAAAUUAGAUGAAAUGAAAUGAAAUAGUGAAAUGAAAUGAAAUAAUGAAAUGGAAAUGAGAUGAUAUUUGAUGAAAUGAGAGGAAAUGAUGAGAUGAUAUGAUGAAAUGAUGAGAUGGGAUGAGAUGAAAUGCUGAGAUAAAAUGAUGAGAUGAAAUGAUGAAAUGAGAUGAAAUGAUGAGGUGAAGUGAUGCAAUGUCACGUGUGUGUCUAUUCAUUUUCCCAACCAAAAAAAAUUAUAAUUCAUUAAUUUUAAUUUUAUUAUUUAAGAAUAUUCUUAAGAGUUGAAGGAAAAAUAAUAUCUGUACAUUAUGGGUUACAAUCUAAGUAUAAAUAAUACAUAAAUAUAUUAAAACUUACACAGAAUAUGUUUUGGAAUCGAAUAUACCAUGCUUCUGUGAUGACAGUUAUUUCAUACUGGUUGUCACAAUUUUACAUGAAAAACUAAUGAAAAAAUGUUUUUAACUGUUUCUAAAAAUAACAGUUUCCAAAACAGUUUUACAUCCGAAAUAUGAAAAAGAUGAUUUUGUGUUCCUUAAUCUGAUGAGAUUUUCACACUCUGCACAUGAUAAUUGUUAGAUUUUUAUUGUGUUGAUAAAUUGUGUAUCAAAUAAAAAAUGUUAUUACCUCUUAAAUUAGGAUUUUUAGGUGAUAUAGGCAGAAUGGAAGGCAAGUUUUUAUGACUUUGUCUAAAUGAACUUUCUAAAUGCCUGAGUAUUAAAAGAUAGCUUGUCUAUAAAUCGCAAUGUAUAUAUUACUGUAUGACCUAGGACCAAUCAAAACUGUUAUCUCUGAUAACAUUAUAUUGUGCCCAAUAUAAAAUAGAUAUAAUAACACCUCAAACUUAAAUCCAGGCAUUGUCAUUGAGUAUCUUAAGAAUAUGCAGCAAAGGUGCUUUUAAAAAUACAAGCUAGUGAUUGUACUAAAUUUGUAAAUCACAUAGGAUAGUGGGUCAUUUUAAGAAUAUUAUUUCAAUCUAUAAACGUGGAUGUCUUUCCUUUUUUGUGUUUAAUUUCUUUCAUUAAUAUUUGUCAUUUUUGUUGUAGAAAUCUUUUACUUCCUAGGUUAAAUUUAUUUCUAAGUACAUUUUUGUAACUAUUGUAAAAGGAAUUGCUUUCUUAAUUUCUUGUUUCAGCUAGUUUACUAUCAAUAUAUAGAAAUGCUACUGAUUUUUGUAUUUUGAUUUAUAUCCUGCAACUUUAUUCAUUUCACUUAUCACCCUAAGAAGCUUUUGGUAGAGUCUUAUUUUUUUCCGUGUAUAAGAUCACACUGUCUUUAAACAGGGACAAUUUGACUGUCUCCUUUCCAAUUCAGAUGUCCUUUAUUUCUUUCUCUAACCUAAUUGUCCUGGCUAAGACUUUCACUAUGUGAAAUAUGAUUGGUGAAAAUAGGCAUCCUUUUCUUGUUCCAGUAAAAUCUUUUUCUUGUUCAUAGUAAAAUCUUUCACCUUUUCCACACUCAGUAUGAUCUUAGCUGUAGAUUUGUCCUUUAUGUCCUUCCGUGUUAAGGCAUAUAUUUUCUAUACUAAAUUGUUGAGAGGUUUUUUGUCAUGUAACAAUAUUUAAUUUUGCCAAACGCUUUUAUUGUGUUUAUUAAUUUAAUCAUAUGGUUUUCAGUAUAUAUCCAAAGGAAACAAAAUCAGUAUAUCAAAGAGUUACCUGCACCCCCAUGUUUAUUACAGCACUAUUCACGAUAGCCAGGAUAUGGAAUCAACAUAAGUGUCCAUCAACAGAUGAAUGGAUAAAGAAAUGUGACAUACAUAUAUAAUGGAAUAUUCUUUAGUCAUAAUAAAGAACAAAAUCCUGUUAUUUGUGGCAACAAGAAUGCAAGUGAAGGGCAUUAUGUUAGGUGAAAUAAGCCUGGCAUAGAAACAUAAACACCACAUAACUACAUGUUCUCACUUAUGUAUGGAAGUUAAAAUUUUUAAUCUCGUAGAAGUAGAUAACAGUACAGUUUUGGUUACCAUAUCCUGGAAAGAGUAGGAGAAAGAAGAGUAUAAGAAAAAUGUGGUUAAUACAUACAAAAUUACAGCUGGAGAGAAGGAAGAAGUUCUAGUUCUCUACAGCACUGUUGGGUGACUGUAGUUAACGGGAAUUUAUUGUGUGUUUUCAAAUAACUAAAAAGAUUUUGAAUAUUCUCACUGCAAAGAAAUAAUACAUGAUUUAGGUAAUGGAUAUGAUAAUGACUCUGACUUGAUCUUUACACAUUGCAUAAAUAUAUAAAAAUAUCACUCUGUACCCCAUAAGAUGUACAUUUAUUAUAUGUCAAUUAAAAUAAAUUUAAAAGAGAAAAAAUGAGGUAAAGGUAAAUGUACAGAAUUUAAUUACUUUUUCUUCUAUAAAACCCAAGAGUCAGUACCAAGAAGAGUCAAUUUAUUAGUUUUCUAAAAUAAAAAAAUCAAAAUGACCAAAAAAGAGCAAUAUCCAAGAAAACAUUGAAAAUGAAACACAACAUUUAGUAAGAAUAGAAAACUUGGGCACUGUAUCACCCUGUUCCUAGAUACCGAUUUACUGAUGGCCAUUUAAAUAGAAUUUAUUCUAUCUAAUUCAUUUAUACUCCCAAGAGUUCGAAAUUACGUUUUACCUACAAUAAAUGAGAUAACAUGUGUAAAUUAUAUGAUACUCUGCCUAAUAUGUUAAUAACUCAAUACAUGUUAGCAAUAAACUUUUAGUAUAGUAGUCAAAGUACUAAUUUCUCAUAUUGCAAUUUCCUUCAAAGACGUGAAUACAACCUUUCUAAUGACUCCUUGUUCAUCAAGAUACCUCUUCAAAUUAUUCUAUUUGUUUCAUUCAGUAUAUUAUCUGUGUAUACCAAUAUUACACUCUUUUUUUUUUUUAGAUGGAAUCUCAUUCUGUUACUGACGCUGGAGUGAGGCGGCAUGAUCUCGGUUCACUGCAACCUCCACCUCCCAGGU